GACAAGGUCGCGAAGCAAUUCGUGGACGGUGGUCGUUGAUCUCGCGGGAUCAGUGGAAACGUGGUCGAAAGUCUCCUCCUCGGCAGGGUUCCUUUCCGCGGUCGCGGAGUGGUCGGACAUGACGUGCGAGUGUCGUUGAUACGAAGAUACCCUCGUAGUUCUGCGGAGCUUUCCUGUACAAGACACGCACACGGUUUAAUUUGCGUGGAAGCGAGUAGCGCGUAUAACAAUGACCUCGCGGAUUAACUUCAAUCAACGAAACUUCAGACGUCUAACCCCGUUGAGCUGUGGCCAGCUUUGCUGAACGGAUGUACGUGCAAAGAUGCGGAGAACAGUGGAAGAUGCUUGGGAGAAAAUGAUGGUACAGGGAAUUAGGAAGCACGACGAUUUGUUGCUCAGUCGACGAACAGGAUGAGUGGCGCUUCUUCGUAACUUGGCUCGUGUCUUUGCCGCGGAAUGCUGCUACUAUCGGUUCUGCUUCUGCGAUAUUAAUUUGUCUCGUCGAUUUUCUGGGACGAAGCUUUACGAACGACAACCUGAAAAUUUAAGGAUUGCUGUCACAGAGCAGUCUGUGGAAGUUCGUACAACGAAAUGGAAAGACUAUGAUAAAUCGUCUUCGUCUAAUCCUCCAGAAUCUCUGUUCAAAUACACUUUCGCGUAGCUGCAAGAAGCUCUAGUAACGACGAGCAGUUGUUCCACGUCCUUCGUUGCACCGGCUGGCACGUGGCUCUAAUAACGUCAACCGGAACUCCAUCGAAAUCCUCUUUCACGUUUCUCGCUUGUCCGGCUGUGUUCCAGUCGAAAACAAAGGGAAAAGCAAAGAAAAAAUACUUCCUUUCGAUUCUUGCGAUCUCGUUGGAAGCUUAGCAACGAAAACAUACUUCGCCAAGUUAGAGAUAACGUCUCGGAAAAUAAUUAAUCCACGUGGCAAACAGGCAUCUUUUACGACGCAACUGCUCGCGAAGUCGAACUGCUCGUAAGCGUAGAAAAUCGUCGUCUCGAAUAAGCACAGAGACGCGAGCGAAACUAUAUAUCACCGUGGAUCAGCCAGUUUGACCCAGGGUUACUCGGUUCCGAAAAAGUUCGACGACAUUUGGUCGGUGGUUGGAUAAGCGGGACAGGUCAGGUAUUAAUCGAAAUUCGAAUUCGCUACGUGACCAAAUGCGGCACGAUUUUACAAGGUAAAGCAAGUCACAUUUUGCUCAUCAACACUGAGUGGUUCCAAUUGACGGUCGGGUCGACCCUCCAGCGUAGACACUAUUGGUCAGCCUUUUAAUACCGGCGGUCGCGAUUGGAUCAGAUACCCAGAUCGUUCUUAGACAGAAGACAUCGCCGGAGCAUUCGGUUCAAAACUUUUAACGUCGUCAGUGUCGCGUAAUUUGCUGUCCGUCGUCGUCGUUCGCAAGGGUAGAGAUCCAACAGACAUUCGCCCGUCCAGUUUGUCUCAGUUGGUUUAAGUCGGUCAACGGUAGCACCGAGCUCAUAAAGAUAAUCAAGCAGAACAAUACAAAGGAAGCAAUUGUAUCAGGAAGUCGGGAGGCAUUUGGUCCGCUGUGCGACUGGUUCGUCGAAGGAAGAUUGGCCUUGCCGAAAGUUCCCUCUUCUCAUCGUUAGCCUGAAAACUGGAGGAAGUGAUCGAGUACAGCCGGUUUAUUUGACAACGCGCGAUAAAAGUAUACCUCGAAUAGCGUGCCAAGUCUCGAUUACCAGUUGAAUGGCUCAGAUUUACUGGCUGCUGCUCUUCGAAAGAUCUUGAUCUCGAUUUAUCGCCGAGAAAUAUCGAGGAGAGAGACUACUCGGUCGACUCCCGAAGGGAGCUUCGUGUAUUCGGUAUCCGGCCAAGAGGACAUUUCUGGCUGACUUUUCCCAAAGAUUCGUCGCUUCCUCGCGCGGAAAGGACUUUGAGGAGCAUCGAAGAACGAAAAACAUUCCAUUUGGUUUUACGCCACGAAGCCUCGUCUCCUUCUUCUGGAUCAGAUUUAUCUUUCCGUCGGCAUCAUGGAACGAAGGAUCCUGAAAAUGUGGUGACGACGUGAUAGGCGAAGGCCUUCGAUUAUCGAGACACUAUCAAGUGGUGUGAGCCAUAGUCGUUAGAAAAAGCAAAUCGAAAUAUAUUUUACGUGUCCAGUGACACUCGCUAAGGGCAACGAUCCUUUUUCAUUUAUUACAACGAAACGAAUUUCUGUCCCGAAACGACAGCCGAUCUAUCAAAGCCCCGUUUCGUCUAAUUAACCAGUGACGAGUUUCGUUCGAACCUACAGCUUCCAUUUCGUGGAAUUUUCCGUUUGACAAAUCGAGAAUAUAUUCGACGGGAGAAAGAAAGAGAGCGAGAGAGAGAAAGAGAGAGAGAGCAGCAGACCGUUGUCCUUUCGCGGAGCUUUCAGAUCUUCAAGGAAAAUAAUAACAAAAUGCGUUGCAGCCAAGGUGUGGCGAUGGUAUUCGAAGACGCUUUUGUCGUCUUUUCACGGUUUCUGUCCCUCAAGUCGCGGGGUUGCGCACUCUUGGAAACGCACCGGCAACGCGAAACAACUGGUAUCAAGAAAUUGUAUAACAGCUUCUUCGUAAUGUUCUAAGGAUAGCUCUUCCUUAAGGAAGUUCGGCCCUUCGUAGACGGUGGUCGAGUGAUGCACCGUGUACUUUCAAGAUCCUCGUCGAUCCUGAAGGAAAAAAUCGCGGAGAACGCACAAAAAAGGAGGACGUUUUGGUUAAACGAAAAAAAAAAAAAAAGCAGAAAAAUCAAGUGGAACGAGGGAAACGAAGCGAUAGAAAAGAGAGAAAAGAAAAAGAACUGGGAAAAUUAUCAGCCGCAGGAUGUGUAUUAACGUUUAGAAAAUAGAAAAGAGUAGUCCUCGAGUCCCGGUUGAUCCUGAAAUUUCAUCGUUGAACGAAUGAUCGUUGGUCUUUUAACAAGCUCGGACUUAUAGUCUUCUCUUCCGGAUAGGCUACCAAAGCGUUCUCCAAAGUAUCUUUGAGCACUCGAACAGUAAGGGCGAAUAGAAUCGUGAUUAGGAUCGAAACGGUCGAUAUUCCGAAAGGUAGUGUACCCUGAGAAACAAAUCCCAGUACGAGUGCUUCGAGAUUUCGAGUCGUUGAAUGGAGCUUGAAUUCAUCAUGGACGGCGGUGCAGAUGCUUUGAAUGGAACGAUAUGGUUUCCCAAUACUCCGUCACCACCGUACGAACAGCUGUCCCCGGUUCGUCAAAACAGAUGUGACCCCAUCGCCACUCAGCAUGCAUCAAUGGGAUAUCACAGUCCUCAAAAUUCUUUAUGGCAGGAUAAGUACAACUCACCCAAGGAUUCUCCAGAGGACGAUGUCCAGAUACGUUCCAGCAGCGAAUCACCCCAACAUCUCAGCCCGUCUUCCGAUAACAGUCCCAAUUGCCAGCAGAGCACCCUGAAACGUCGAGCCGGAGAGCCAUUGUCCCAACUUACAGAACUCGAGAAGAAGCAUGCUAGGAGAGACGGAUCUGUCGGGAAUAAUGGUUCUGGACAUGGAUGGUCAACGCAAGUGGAGGAGCUGGCAGAACACCUUGCCGUCGAUUUCGAUGGGUCCCUGUCGGCACUCGCGGCAUCCGAUCUCGCGACAGCCGUUGCCUCCUAUAACAUGAGCGAAGCCCUGCUUGCGCUGCCAUCGUUGACGGUGUUCAAGCAAGAAGCACCAUCGCCGGAAAAUCAGCAAAAUUCCAAUUUAAACCACGUGUCACAGAGAACGAUUAAUUCGGCACCAACGAACAACGCAAACGGCUCCGUCGAGGCUGACAGUAACAACAAUGGGCAGACAACAGCUAGUCUUCAUCAGUUGCUUUACUCCUCGAACGAGGAGUAUCCUCCGACAUCAUCCUCGGGAAAUCACGUUUCCUCCUCUCAACAGGGAAGCGAGCUCAACGAGGAUUGCCGCUUCCAAUACGUGCUUGCCGCUGCCACGAGCAUCGCAACGAAAGUCAACGAAGAGACGCUCACCUACCUGAAUCAGGGGCAAUCGUACGAGAUCAAAUUGAAGAAACUGGGCGAUCUAUCUGCUUAUCGCGGGAAAAUCCUGAAGGGGCAUCCAACCUUUCUGUUUCAGUCCACAAUACGCAUUUGCUUCCACGAGAGGAGACUUCAGUAUACCGAACGGGAACAGAUGCUUGCGUGGCAGCGCGCAAGACCCGGUGAAAGAUUGCUCGAGGUCGAUGUUCCUCUUAGUUAUGGAAUGGUGGACGUUUGUCAACCGUCUCCGUCCAAUAAUAGCGUGGAAUUUAUGUGGGACCCCACCAAGGAAGUCGGCGUUUAUAUAAAGGUGAAUUGUAUUAGCACUGAAUUCACGCCCAAGAAACACGGUGGGGAAAAGGGCGUGCCGUUUCGAAUCCAAGUGGAAACCCGAUUGCCGGGAGGCCCUCGUCUGCACGCUGCUUCUUGCCAGGUGAAAGUCUUCAAGUUGAAAGGAGCCGAUCGUAAACACAAGCAAGAUCGGGACAAAAUACUGCGACGACCGCCACACGAGCAGGACAAGUAUCAGCCAAGCUACGACUGCACGGUUCUCUCCGACAUUCCCCUAGACUCUUUAUCGCCAUCCAAUUUGAUCACGCAAAAUGGAGGGAGCCCUUAUGGUUCGACCGAGGCAAUAUCACCCCAAACCCGCUCUACCAUAAGCGGCAAUACCUCGCCGGUAGUUGCGCCCUUGGCACUUUCGGUUUCCAAUCCUGGUAUCGUCCCACUAGUUCCUGCCUCUGAUGCCGUGAAGGAAAACGUGGGAACAGCACCGGCUCUACCAUCGCCAGCGGCUAUAUUACCAGACCAGUCCUGCAUCGAGGCUGAAGGUCCGUCGUGUGCGGCACAAUUAUCACCUGAUGCAAAUGCGGCGCAAACAACCACGUGGCUCCGAGCUAGCCGCUUCAGCGCAUUCGAGACUACGUUUGCGAGCUUCUCCGCUGCGGAUAUCUUGCGACUCUCUAGAGACGACCUGAUCCAAAUCUGCGGCCUGGCCGAUGGGAUUCGAUUGUUCAACGCGCUGCACUCGAAAGCGCCAACCCCGAAACUCACUCUGUAUUUCUCACUGGAAGACAACGGUUCGCUUUGGAGAGUCGCUUACUUGGACAGCCUUACCAGCAGUGCCUUGAUGAAUAAGUUGUUAAACACCUUAAGUUUGCCUCACGAUCGACUACAUUCUGUACUCUUUCUUGGUCCCCAGGGUAUUCACGUGUUGGUUACCGACGAGCUGGUAGCCAACAUGAAGGACGAGAGCAUGUACUUCGUUGAAACUAUCAAAGAUAACGCGAGCGAACGUUACAAGCUGCUUCUAAAGCCUUCGUUGCGUUCUUAAAAGGUAUAACUAUUGACAAAUUAAUUGCAAAAUUACGUAGUAGGUCUUUUAUGUGUCCUAAAUUUACCAAACGUGUCUGUGAUUCGAUAAGAAAUCCGCUACGUAGUAGGGUGUAAAAAAAAAACGUAUUACGUAACUAGGAAUUUGUCUGUCUGUUCUUUCGGCUUAAAUAACGAUGACAAAUUUUUGUGAAGGAAUACAUUUUAAUUAUUUAUUGACAGACAUGAAUGAUCAGAAACUAUUUGGCUUUUAAUUAAUUUCAUUCAGCUAUUUCGUGCGAUUCGAUGGGAAAAAAGAAAAGGAUUUUUAACAAUGAUAGGGACUUGCUAACAGAAAGAUGUACCCGAGGAAAUAUACCCGUACUCUACAUGCAAUACUCAUUAGAAGUUUCCAGUAUAAUUAUAUUUCAGGAGUAAUCGAUACUUCUAGCGUUAAACGAACAUGUUAUCUUUAACAUUAAAGAGUACAUAUAUAUAUCAGAUUAUAUAUUUUAUAUGUAUUACUUUAGACGAAAAUUUCAAUCAUGAAAGUAAUAU